UAAAAUAGAUUUUUUUUUCCUUAUAAUUUAAUUUUUAAUUAUUUUUUAAAUUUAAUGUCAAAAGUCAUCAUUUUAUUCAUUAUUUUACAAUAUUAUCGUAAGUAUGUUGCACAUAUUUUAUGCUUUUAGCCGAUUGGUUAAAAAAUGUUUAAAUGAUUUAAAUUUCGAAUGGAUUAGGAACUUGAUAGAUUCAAGUCUAAAUUGAGUGAUUCAAGUGAAAUUUUAAAACAAGUUUAGGAUCAUAUCGAUGACUUGAACGGUGUUUUUGUUUAGCUGCCAUUGCUCCCCUCAAAAAAAUCUAACAAUGUGUCUCUCCAUUUUAUGAAAAACUCACUGAUUAGGAGGUUCCACAAUAUCCAGAAGGUGAAUAGAAAGUGAUCAUAGCACAUGCAAUCAAAUACUAUACUACAUUAGAAAUAUCUCUUGGGUCUAUCCAUAAGAGUUGCUCAUUUUAGUCUACCGGCGCAUUAAUUUGUCCUCCUCCUUAAUCUUAUCCCUUAGGAGUCAUUUGAUUUGGUAUAAGGUAUAAUAGUCUCAAAAUAAAAUGUAAGAUUAUUUUAUUCUGUAUUUAAUUGAAGGUAUUAGUUAGUCUCAGGAUUAUUUGUUUCAUAAUUUAUAUCAUAGUGAUAGAAUAAGUUAUCUUAUAUAUAUAUAGUGAGAUAAUUAAUUCUAAAAUAACUAAUUUCGAGCUUAUUUCCAACCAAAUAAUCCGUAACGAUAAAUGCAUUCGCCAUAGUUUUAGUACAACCAAAUGUUGCCCGGGAUAUAAGGGUUGCAACAAGUAUAGUGUAAUUUGUGAAGGAACGUCUGAUCCCAAAAAUUUAAACAUUUGCCUCCAGUAUUGUAAUUUAGAAAUUGCCUAUUCAGAGUGUCCCCGUUCCAAAGGAAAGACAAUAAUUUAUUCCACUGGAUGCACCACUUGUUGCACGGGCUACAAGAGUUGCUACUAUUUUGGUAAAGACGAUAAGUUUGUGUGUGAAGAGUACCCAACUCAAGGUUUGUAGUCAAGAAUGUAAUCCAAGAGUUGCUUACAUGACUUGUCUGUCUACUGGAUUGGCCAAGAUUAAUCAAGUUUGUGUUAGUUGUUGUACCGCAGGAGAUGGUUGCAAAUUCCGUAGUCAUGAUGGAUCUUUACUAUAUAUGCAUAACUGGGGAGCCUAUAAGUUAUAUAUCCACGGCAUAAGACAACUGCUUAUUUCUAAUCAAUGAUAUGUUUUAUGAUUUAUUAAUCUAUGAAAUAAAAGCAUGAACAAUCUCUGUAACGUGGGCAUUGAAACUCUUUUCAUGAAAGGUGUCCUUUAAUGAAGCACUAGUUUCUUUUACUUCUAAAUUACUCUAGCAACUUAAUCCGAGAAUGAUGCUAAUUUUUGAGAAAGAGUUGCGAAAAAAAUGGACUUCUGUUGGAAAAUAUUUUCAGUUGGAAAAAGAUUUUCUUACCAUGAAAAAAUAUUUCAAGGGAGAAUGAUACAAUCUCACACAUUGAGAAACCAAAUCAUUCAUAAAGCUCAACAACAGAAGAUUGCAAAGAACAAGAAAAUCAGUUGAAGAACAAUGUUAUCUUCUCGGAAAGAAGUGACGAUACAAAGUCAGGUUAUUCGUUGCUUUACACUCUUCCUAUAGCUGUAAUUGUCAAUGUAUAGCUGCUGUCAAUGUAUAAAAAGUGUCCAUCAUAUGUUUGAUAAAAUGCCUUAACUAAUUGAAGAAUAAUUUUAUUUUCUCGGGGAGAAGUGACAACACAAAAUCAAGUUAUUCGUUGCUUUACGCUCUUCUUACAGCUACAAUUAUCAAUGUAUAGCUGCAUCUGUCAAUGUAUAGAAAGUGUCCAUCACAUAUUUGAUAAAAUGCCUUAAUUAGAUCUUUAUAGUAAUUUCAAGUAUGAAACAUAGAGUUAGCGUUUAAUUUUCCAACUCACCUUAUAAUUUUUUCAAAUGCAGUGUGAUUCAUUAUUUGAACUUGUUAUAUAGUUAAUUUUUUAAAAUUUCACAUUACGGUUCUUUUUUAACUAUAGGAUUUACUGAUUAUUUUCUUUUUUAUAUUCUUUGUAUUUUAGACUUAUGGACAUUGGAUCUAGUGAGUCCCAAAGUGAAUGUAAUGUGCCUAUAAAAAUUGGAAUGGAGUUUGAUUCGGAUGAACAUGCAUAUGAAUACUAUAAUCAAUACGCAGGUGUAAUUGGUUUUAGUAUUAGGAAAGAAUUUGCUAACAAAAACAAAAUCCAAGGAUAUGUGAGUUCAAGAAAACUGACAUGUUAUAAAGAAGGGUAUAGAAACAAAGACAAAAGAGAUACAACGGUUCAAAAAAAAGAGAGAUGAAACUAGAACAGGGUGCUUAACUCAUAUUAUUGUUAGUCGCCAGUCAAAUGAAAUGUUUCGCAUCACUUCUUUUGAAGAGAAACAUAAUUCUCCUCUUGUUCCUUUUUCUUUGGCUCAUAUGUUGCCCUCACAAAGAAAGAUAAAAGUUGCUCAAGCAUAUGAAAUUGACUUAUUAGAUGAUUCAGGGAUACGUCCUAAAGCUUCAUUUGAUUAUUCUGCUCGUCAAGUUGGAGGGCAAUCUUGUCUAGGUUACAUAAAGAGAGAUCAAAAAAAUUAUCUUCGGGAUAAAAGAAAAGAUAGUUUGAAAUGUGGAGUGGCUCGUAGUUUGAUUGAUUAUUUUGAGAAAAGAAUAUUAGAAGAUCCUGCUUUUCAGUAUUCUUUACAAUUAGAUGAUGAUGAUUUGAUAACGAAUAUAUUUUGGGCCGAUGCAAAGAUGAUAAGAGAUUUUAAGAUUUAUGGAGAUAUUGUGUCUUUUGACACGACAUAUAGAACAAAUAAAGAGUAUCGACCUUUGGCAUUGUUUGUUGGUUUGAAUAAUCAUAGGGAAAUGAUUAUAUUUGGAGCAACCGUUUUAUAUGAAGAAUUAACUAAAUCUUUUGAAUGGCUUUUUAAUGCAUUCUUUAGGAUUAUGUCUGCAGAUAAACCACAAACAAUUUUUACCGAUCAAGAUCCUGCAAUAGCUGCUGCUAUCUCAUUGGUAAUGCCACAAACAUAUCAUCGUCUUUGUAUAUGGAACUUGGAAAAAAAUGCAUUUAAACAUCUUAAUCAUAUCUUUAGAGCUAAUGAGUCAUUUCCGAGAGAUUUUAGCAAACUACUUAAUGAUUAUGGGUAUGAAGACGAUUUUUUAAGUGCGUGGAAGGAAAUGCUUGAGAAAUAUGAUCUUGAGGAUAAUAAUUGGUUGAAAAACACGUUUGCAAUAAGGGAGAAAUGGUCCAUGACAUAUGGGAGAAAUACAUUCUCAGCAGGUAUGCGAAGCACACAAUUAAGUGAAAGCUUUAAUGCAUCUUUAAGGGGAUAUUUAAAAUCUGAUUUGGAUAUUGUUCAGUUUUUUAAAUAUUUUCAAAGAUCAAUUAAUGAUAAACGCGUGAAUGAGAAUAAGUCAAAUUUUGACAUGACUCAAAAAAUACCUAUUUUAAAGGUUAAACUUCCUUUAAUGAUUCACGUUAGGGAAGUGUACAGCCCAACUAUAUUUGACAUAUUUCAAAAUGAAUGGGAAAGAUCAUUACUGGUUUCAAUAAAGGAUUGUUAUGACGAAGGAGAAGUGUAUACCUAUAAAGUUAGCAGCCUUGGAACUGUUAAGAAGCAUGUAAUAACAGUUAAGCGGUCAGUAACUCAAGUUUCUUCCAGUUGUAAAUUAUUUGAAUUUUGGGGUAUAUUGUGUAGACAUUCUUUGAAGAUCCUGGAGAAUAUAAAGGAUAUGAUUCCUAUACAUUACAUAUUAAAGAGGUGGACCAAAGAUGCUACGAACAUAAAUGGGAUGGAGGCCAGUCUAGUUGAAAAAGACAUUGAUCCAAAAGUUGAAGUUACCACCAGGUAUAGAAAUUUAUGUCAUACUUUUGUUCAAAUUUCAAGUGAAGCUUCAGAAUCCAACGAAGAAUAUGAAUUGGCUGUAAAAGGUGCGAAUGAGAUAAUUUCCAAGUUAAAAGAUAUUAAGAGGAUGAAUGAAUCAGCAGAAAAGUUGGCUUCAAGCAAUAGUAUUCAAAACGAAUCGAGUGAAAUAAUAUUUAUUGAUAAUACAAAUUUCACAAAGGUGAUUGUGCUGAAAAGAAAGGAACCAACUCAUCGUUGUAAUACUCGGCCAAAGAGUUUUAUGGAAAAGUUCAAGAAGAAAAAUAAGACUUCAUUGCUAUCUUCUCAAUGUCAAACUAGCAAGUAGUUAGAUCACCUUCCAAAUCCUCAGGUCUCAUGUCCACCUUUAUCUGACACUUCAAAUGCUAUGGGUGUGACAGAAGGAAGUUUUCCUUCGUGCUCCUCUUCACACUUAUCUCAAGAAUCAUCCGUCGAAAGUCUGACUCAACUCUUAAGAGAUGUUUCUUUUCCUGAUUCAAGCAACUAUUCUCAAUAUUGAUUGUGGUAAAUUUGUAAAAGCAGAGACUACAUAGUGAUUCUUGUCUGGCGCAGUAGGUUGGUUCAGUUCGGGCUUUGUAUUCGAGGGCAAUUGACAUUCAAUUCUAUAAGUUGAAACUUUUUCAUUUUUUUUUUGCAUCAAGAGGCUGUAAUCCACAUUUGGAUGUUGGAAUUUGUUUUGUUCAGUAGCUUUAUGUCUUUUGUUUUGUGACAAUCUGGUGUUUAUUAUUAUGAAUUAUGUUGACAAUUUUAA